UCGGCCCCGGCCCCGGGCUUGGCGGGUCCGGAUGCCGGGGGGCGGGCGAUGCCCACCAACUGCGCCGCGGCGGGCUGCGCCGCCACCUACGACAAACACAUCAACGUCAGCUUCCACAGAUUUCCCUUAGAUCCCAAAAGAAGAAAAGAAUGGGUUCGCCUAGUUAGGCGCAAGAAUUUCGUGCCGGGGAAGCAUGCUUUUCUUUGCUCCAAACAUUUUGAAGCCUCCUGCUUUGACCUGACUGGACAGACGAGACGACUGAAAAUGGAUGCAGUUCCCACGAUUUUUGAUUUCUGCACUCAUCUAAAGCCUGUGAAACCCAAAUCAAGAACUCUUCUCAAGAGAAACCCUUGCUCCCCUGAAGGAUCACCUCAUUUCAAAGCAAAUAUCAGCAGUCAGCAAGUAUUACUUGAACACAGCUAUGCCUUCGGAAGUCCCAUGGAAGCAAAGAAGAAGAUAAUUAAACUGGAGAAGGAGAUAGCGAGCCUGAGAAAAAGAAUGAAGAACUGUUUGCAGAAAGAACGCAGAGCAACGAGGAGGUGGAUUAAAACUACCUGUCUGGUGAAGAGCUUGGAAGAAAAUAACGUUUUGCCCAGGGGCACAUCAGAACACAUUUUGCCGAGUGCCUUAAGCAGCCUUCCCAUGGAAGAUUUCAAAAUUCCGGAACAGGAUCCACGAGAUCGUCCGACGGUUCCAGCCCUCUAAAUCUACAGUAAAUCUUGCAAGCUCAACGUAGGGGAUUAACUCGCCCUGAACGCCGUGCUCAGGCGAUUGGGUGGCUAGGGCAAUUUUGAGGCAAGUCGAUUUCCCGGGAGGUUUUUUUACUUCACACCGCCUCACGGGCUCAAUAUCGCUUACGGAAACUCUGUCACGAUACCUGGUAAAGGUAAUUACGUUUUCGUGAGUCUUUCCCAAGUGCCUUGAGUGGGGCUUACCUACAUUUUCAACAGUUUUGCAUUGUGAAGACGUUUACAAGUCACAUUCUUUUUUAACGAAAACCUAUUUUUGAAGAAAUAAUCUCGGUAUUGGGUAAUAUAUUUGGAAAAAUUUUCAGGUGCUUAAUAUAUAUUAGAAUAGACAUUUGAAUAGGGGGGCGGGGCGGGGGGGGCGUUAAGAAGGGGAUGUCCCGUUCUGUAUUUGAUGAUGCAGGAGGUGGACUUGUAGAAAUAAAAAUGAUUUUAUAAAAGCCA